AUGGACCUGGCCAGCAUAAGCAGCAGCACGGAGAACAGAGACGCUCAGGCAUAUCUACCUGCAGCAAUUACAGCAUGGAUCGGCCUGAGCAGAAACGCCUGGACGUGGUCAGACAAGAGCCAAUCCACCUUCAGAAACUGGCUGAAUGAAGAGCCGACGAAGCUGGGAAAGAACUGUGCUCUAAUAGACACAGACCUGCAAUCCAGAUGGGUUGAGGAGAGCUGCAGUGAGACGCUGCCCUUUCUCUGUUAUACAGAUGAUGAACAGACCACAGGGAGCAUAACGGGUAAGAGACAGAUCCUGAGUGUAGAGCUGCGGUCAGAUCACAACGUAAAUGACCCUGCGGUGAAGGAGUCCAUUUUAGAGAUGAUCCUGCAGGAACUGAAGCAACAUGGGAUGGCAGAGAACACCACGCUGACCUGGAGGCUGCAGCCAGAUGGAAACAUCUUUCAGAAGAAAAAGAAUAAGGAGCUAUAA